UUUAUUAUUUGCUGAACCCUAUGAAAAAACCAAGCAAAAUAAAAAGGAGUCGCAUAGUUCUCCCACACCCCGCGCUCGCCGAACCCCUCCUCCGCCGCCACCGCCGCUAACCCCCGCCGCUCUUCCACCGCAGCGCCCCAGGCCGCCGAGCUCGCUCCCAUCCGAAGCCGCAGCACGGGGGACUUGCCUCAUCCAACGCCAUACGGCCUCCUCCUCUUCCGCCCCACGGCUAAACCCUAGCACAUGUCGCGAGCAGCGGAUCGAAUCUGCUAAUUCCACCCAACUCCCGCUCGCCUCGGUGGCUGGAUUGGAUUGGAUUGGAUUCAUUUCAACCGUGUUCGCAGUUGGUGCUGAAAUAUCUAGGGUUUUUCCUUUUCUUUUCUCGCAGGCUCUUGUUCGUGCGCGCGGAUUGAUUCGUUCGGGUCUUGUGACCCCGUAGGAGCCCCUAGGCGGGCGCAUCCGCCAUGUUUCCUCCGAAAGGGCCCAAUCACUACGGGCAGCAGCCUCCGUAUAGCGGGCAACAACCAUACGGCCAAAUCCCUGGUAGCAGUGGAUUUGCGGCCCCGACAGGGGCGGGUGGUGCUGAUGGUGGCCGGUUUGGUGCUCGCCCUGGACAGGGGGCUGCUGCGCAGUAUGGAGGGCCUUACGCUUCCGUGUAUGGCACACAACAGGUUGGUGGACUUGGUACCAAAGGUCCAGCUUCUUCUAGUCUUCCUAGCUUGCCAACUCGUCCAACUUCACUCACCGAGUCAUCCAAGUUCUCGUCUGCACCUGUUGGGUCUAGCCUGGCAAGACCAAAUGAUGACUAUAUGGCUGUGCGUGGAUAUGCACAGAAGCUAGACCAGUAUAGCAUUGAUUAUACACUGGAGAGAAGGAUGUAUGGUGAACACCCAGCUAAUCUUGGUAGAAGAGAUGGCCUCAGUGAUUUGGAUAGAAGAUAUCCCGAUCAUAUUCCUGCAGGCCAUCAGAUUCAUGAUCAUAUGGAGCAGGGUUCGUCAAUGCGCCAUCAGCAGCUCCUAAAAACUCAACUGCAGCCUGGAUCUGAUACAAGACAAGCCGACUACUUUGCAGGAAGGUCUGCUCCAAUCCAUCAAGCAUCCCAGGAAAUUGGUGCAUAUGGAAGAGUUGAAGCUGAUAAUCGCAACACGUCCAUUCUUGGUUCUGCUCCAUAUGGAAGACAGCAGACAACCUCAUUGUUGGAAGGAGCUCCUAGGACAAACAUUGACAAUCUUGUCUAUGGACAAGGAUCAUCAAGCAGUGGCUACGGCGCGGGUCUGCCUCCUGGACGUGAUUAUGCCUCGGGGAAAGGCCUUCUCCAUGCAUCUUCGGAUUCUGAUUACCGAGAUAGCAUCUUACCCCGUGUGCAUCCUGGCAUCUCCAUGGUUGAUGAACGUAGAGCUGAUCGGAUUGAUUAUCGUCGUGAACUGGAUAUUAGAGAUGAAGAGCGUCGAAGGGACUUGUUGCUGGAAAGAGAAAAGGAGCUAGAAUGGGAACGGGAACGAGAGUUACGAGACUUGCGGGACCGUGAAAGAGAAAGGGAGCGUGAAAGGGAAAGGGACCGCGAAAGACUAAGAGAACGUGAAAGAGAAAGGGAACGUGAACGCGAAAGAGAACGUGAAAGAGAACGCCUUCGCGAGCGACGGGAGAAGGAGAGAGAGCGGGAUAGGAAGCACGGAGCUGAUCCAAGGCGGGAGCACACUCCACCUAGAGGCCCUGGUGAUCGACUGCAUUCUUCUUCUGUUAGGUCUGAGAAGCCUACGCGGCGAAUUUCACCUCGACGUGAUGUUGUGCAUAGGCAUCGUUCACCUGUUAAAGAAAUAAAGAGAGAAUAUAUUUGCAAGGUUCUUCCAUUUCGCUUGGUGGACGACGAGAGGGACUAUUUGUCCUUGACAAAACGAUAUCCUAGACUAGCAAUUACUCCAGAUUUUUCUAAGAUUGUCUUGAACUGGGCUAAAGAAAACUUAAAUCUUUCACUGCAUACACCAGUGAGUUUGGAGCAUGGCAUCCAUGAAGUUGAUGAUAAUGCUGACGAAGGAGCUGUUAUCACUUCCGAGCAAACAUCAAGCACCAAUACUCCAGCGACCAUUUGGAAUGCAAAGGUACUUUUGAUGAGUGGCAUGAGCAAAGGUGCCUUUGCUGACAUAACUUCAUUGAGAAGUACCGAGGAACGAAUAGUACACUUGAACAAUAUCUUAAAAUUUGCUGUAUUCAAGAAGGAUCGUUCUCUUUUUGCAAUUGGGGGCCCUUGGGAUGCAACAAUAGAUGGUGGUGACCCAUCAAUUGACUGCUCUUGCUUGAUUCGAACUGCCAUCAGAUACGUUAAGGAACUGGUUCAAGUUGAUCUAUCUAAUUGCAUCCACUGGAAUCGUUUUGUCGAGGUUCAUUACAAUAGAAUUGGCAAAGAUGGGCUCUUCAGUCAUAAAGAAAUCACUGUAAUGUUUGUGCCAAACCUGUUGGAAUGCCUGCCCUCAGUUGAUUUAUGGAAGAAUAACUGGAUUGCGUACAGAAAAUCGAAGGCAGAAAGGGAGCAACUGACAAUGAAGAAGGAAAAGAGCCCAGGUGAUUCAAAAGAACAGAAGCAAGGGGAACUGAACAAGGGUAAAACUACAGAUGAUGAUCAUUUAAAAGACAGUGAUGUUGGCUGCAGUGUUGUCAAAAAUGAGAAAGUUGAUGCUGAUGUGGAUCAGCAGGGUAAAGAUGGAGAGAGUAAGGUUGAUAAAGUUGAGGAACCCAUUGAGAGUAUGGGUGGGAAUGUUAAAGGAAAAACUACUGGUGACAUCUCUACUGACCAUGUCGUCGAGGAUAAAAAACCCACAAAAAAGAAAGUAAUAAAAAAAGUUAUGAAAAUCGUUCGAAAAAAACCAACUGCUGGAGCUUCAGCUGAUAAAUCGUCUCAUGAGGACAAGAAAGUUGCAGAAGAAACUGCAAGCAAAACUGCAGAAGAGCAUGGUCAACAAAAGAGUGAGGAUGUUGGAAAAGAACAGGAGGGAGCUGGCAUCAAUCAGCAGCCUGAAGCAAAGAAAACUGGGAAGAAGAAAAUAAUUCGAAGGAUUGUUAAAAGAAAAGUUUCUGCUGCAGGGUCCGAGUUGACUGCCCCUGCUGCUCCUUCUGAAACAAGCAAGCAAGAAGCAGAAGUUCAGCCAGAGAAAAAUGCUGAGAGUGUAACUGCUGCCGGGAAUUCACAAACUAAGCUGGAAGAAGGGCCGAGAACUCCCGCUGAAGAUAUCUCAAGUCAGAAGAAAGAAGAGAAGCCAGAGGAAAAGGAGAACACUUUGACUGAUCUCCAAAAUCCAAAUGGAGAUAAGGUUAAUCAGAAGGAAAUUAUGGAACAAAAAGAUGCAAAAAAGGAUGGAAAGAAUGGAAAGGAGAAGACAAAAGAUGAUAAAGAGAAAAAGAACAGAGAUCUCAAGAUGGAUCCAAAGCAAAAGCCGCUCAAUGGCACUAAAGAAAAGAAGAAGUCUGACGAACCUCCGAAAUAUCCAGGAUUCAUUCUUCAGGCCAAAAGGAGUAAUGAAUCUAAACUCCGUUCGACAGCCCUUUCGUUGGAUGGCCUCCUAGACUAUACCGCCAAGGAUAUAGAAGAGUCAGUAUUUGAGCUUUCUUUGUUUGCUGAGUCAUUCAGUGAAAUGCUUCAACACAGAAUGGGUUGUGUUAUCUUGUCGUUUCUUGAGAAAUUUUAUAGUCGUUAUGUUGCGAAGAGGAAUCAACGUAAGCGCCAAAGAGAGGAAGAUCUAAAGAAAGAAGAGAAAAAAUUGUCUGAGAAGCGACCCAAGACAACCCAUGAGACUAUAACUGAAAAUACUGAUAAUCCAGGGGAAGAUAAUAAAAUGAUGAAAGAGGGUGAGGAAAAGAUGAGCACAGAUCAUUCAGCAGCCACCCAUGAUGAACUGACAAAAGAGGGUCCGGGAAAACUGAGCACAGAUCAUUCAACCACUAAUCAUGAUGAGGCGGUGAAACAGGGAGAGGAAAACAAUUGCAUAGAUCAUUCAGAAGCUGCUCUCAAUGAACCCGAAGCUGAUACGAAAAUGGAGGAUGAAGAUCCUGAAGACGAAGAAGAUCCUGAAGAAGUAGAAAUGUAUGAAGAUGAUGACAUGGAUGAUGCUCCUGCUGAAGAACCGGUAGAAAAACAGAAUGAGGAUAACUCGAACGACAGUGAGGCCAAGCAAGAAGUAACUGCAGAAGAUGGUGGAAACAAGAAAGCAGUGAAGGAGCCUGAAUUGGAAAAUAUUGCUGACAACCAUGAAAAGCCUGCUUCAGCAGAGGCAAAGGCAGAGAAAGGGGAUUUGCUAGAAGGUGGAGAAAAGGAAAAGGCUUUUAGUAAGGAGGUUAAGACAGCAAAAGAUGAGGUGGUUGAUAAGGACCUAUUGCAGGCAUUUAGGUACUUUGACCAAAACAGAGCAGGCUAUCUUAAGGUGGAUGAUUUAAGGUGCAUUCUUCACAACUUAGGAAAGUUUGUAUCAAACAGAGAUGUGAAGGACUUGGUUCAAAUUGCUCUUAUUGAGAGCAACUCUGCAAGGGAUAAUCGAGUAAUCUAUCCAAAGCUGGUGAAGAUGGUUGACCUCUGACCUGGCUUUGCUUUGACCCGGAGUUCCUGACAGCCUAUUGAAGUCAACCUAUGAAUAUCAUCUAUAAGAAGUCAACUAUGUUGUAGACCAAUUUGCAUUGGUCAUGAUGGAGUUGUUUAACAUUUUCUGGAUACCUGUUUGCGUUAUGUUAUAAAGGAGCUGUUCUUUUUUGUUGAAUGCUUUCUUUCAUGGGAUGAUCUGAUCAUGUUUAUGACAAGCGGUGCUAUUGUAUGUGCACCUAGGGGAAUUUUAUUUUAUAAAUGCGGGCACCCGAGAAGAAGCUUUGUACUGA